ACUGCCACGGUUGAGAGAGGGGUGAAGAAAGCGCAAGGGAGCAGAGGGGAAAGGAAAAAGCCUAUGCCUGCAGUAGAGAGACUUGGCAGGGCUUCCUUUCUUUUGUCUGUCUGGUUAUGGGCUGCAGCGCCAGAGGAAAUCAGGAAACGUCCAGGCAUGGUGGUUGUGGUGGUGGACAGGGACAAUUUCAGCGUCUGUGAUGAAAACAAAACUACAGAAAAAGCAUAUUUGGACCGAAUCGACUGGUAACUGAACUUCGGUGAGGUGGGAAUCAAAGACAAAAGAAGAAAUUUUUUCUGUUUUUUUUUUUUUUUUCACCAAAGUCAGCUAUGUUGGACCUGACUCGGGCUACGAGACAAGGUGUCUGCGAUAACCAAAAAUGUGGACAAUACUGUAAUGGAAACAACAGAUUUUAUACUGUUUGGUAUUUUCUUAACAAUGUUUCUGAACUGGACAAGGACGAACUGCAGAAAGGCCAAUCAGAGCCAGAAGAAGGCCAACCUUGCACCAAGCAAGAGCCAAACAUGAUGUGAAUGGAAACAGGACUGUUCCACCCUUCCCAGAUGGGACACAGAUGGUGAUGUUUGGCAUGGGCUGUUUCUGGGGAGCAGAGAGGAAGUUUUGGAGACAAGAGGGAGUUUACUCGACCCAGGUGGGCUACUCUGGGGGGUACACACCCAACCCCACGUACGAGGAAGUGUGCACAGGCAGAACGGGACACGCUGAGGUGGUGCGAGUUGUUUACUAUCCAGAGAAGAUUAGCUUCAACGGUCUUCUGAAGGUCUUCUGGGAAAGCCACGAUCCGACUCAAGGGAUGCGUCAGGGGAACGAUAUCGGGACAACAUACCGCUCUGCCAUCUACGCCUACACUCAGCAGCAGCUUGAGGAAGCGUUGGCCUCCAAAGAUCAGUACCAGAAGGUUCUUACAGAUGAAGGUUUUGGUCCAAUUACCACAGAAAUCACUCAAGCCAAGCCAUUUUAUUAUGCUGAGGACUAUCACCAACAGUACCUGAGUAAAAACCCACAUGGAUACUGUGGCAUGGGAGGGACAGGAGUCACCUGUCCAAUAUCACUCCACAAGAAGGCCUGAGAAAUCCUAAUCAUUCUGUCCCAUAUGCAAAGGAAAGUCAGUUUCACAGGACUCAUACCAUACAUGCUUUUAAUCUCCUGCUCUACAUAUCUGUAAUACGGGGUUGUAAUUCACAUUCUACUUUAAAAGUUAUGAUGUCUCUUACCUUUUUAUUAGGAAUGUUUUAAACUAAUGGCCUUUAACUUUCUAUUUUUACAGUUUGUUUUAUCAGUUAGUUUAAAUUACAGCUGCAUAUAAAAUGAUUUUCUUUGACAGUUUUCCCUACCUAAAGGUUUCUGCUCAGGAUUAUUUGAUUCAGGACUGCACCCCUGUUAUAAAGGGCCUCUGUUGACAGAUCUUCUUGUAAAUGGAAUAAAAUGUCAAUAAAAAAAAAUUAAAAAUCUGUGAAGCUUAAAUGUUGUAAUUGAUCAGGUCAUUAUUUAGACAUCCAAGAUAAUUUUUUUUAUUUUCUGUUCAGUGUUUUAAUUAUGUUUGUAUGUUCCUAAGAGAAUGAAAAACAAGACUAGAUUACAUAAAACUCAAUUCAAACUCUAAAGAACAA